CAACUCAAUGGCCGUUGUGUCUCAGUCUUUACGGACAACACAGCGGCCAUGUAUUAUAUCAACAAGCAAGGGGGAACUCGCUCUUCCCCACUCUGCCACGAGACGACACAACUGUGGGAAUUCUGCAUAGCCCACUCAAUAGACCUGGUGGCGUUCUUCCUCCCAGGCGUGAACAACUCCUUAGCAGAUCACCUGAGCAGAUCCUUUCUCUGCCACGAAUGGUCACUGAGACCGGAUGUCGCCCACACAAUUUUCCAACAGUGGGGGUUUCUCCGCAUAGACCUGUUCGCAUCUUGAGCGAACCGCAAAUGCCAGAACUUUUUGCUCCUUUCAAGGCCUGUCACCGGGUCCCUGUUGGACGCUUUUCUCAUUCCCUGGACUCAUCAUCUGCUCUACGCAUUUCCCCCGUUCCCUCUAGUCCACAGGGUCUUGCUGAAGCUCCGACAAGACAGAGCACAUCUCAUCUUGAUUGCGCCAGCGUGGCCCAGGCAACACUGGUACACCACGCUGCUCCGUCUCUCCAUUGCCAGCCCGAUUCAUCUGCCGCUUCACCCGGACCUUAUCACCCAAGAUCACGGCACUCUCCGUCACCCAGACCUGACAGCCCUCCACCUUACGGCAUGGCUCCUGUGUGGCUAGAUGAGUCGGAACUGCGCUGCUCUGCUCCUGUACAACAUGUCUUGUUAAGCAGCAGGAAGCCUUCCACUCGCUCUACCUAUCUAGCCAAAUGGAAGCGCUUCACCUGCUGGGCUCAGGCACGCAACGCUGACCCUUCGAAGCUCCCUGUCCCAGUUGUCCUGGACUACCUCUGGUCCCUGAAGGAGCAAGGCCUAGCAUUAUCCUCGCUAAAGGUACACUUAGUGGCCAUAUCUGCUUUCCACCCAGGAGAGAGUGGCCAUACGGUCUUCUCUCACCCUUUGACUGCUAGGUUCCGGAAGGGCCUUGAGCGUCUCUACCCUCAAGUACGUCGCCCGACUCCUACCUGAACCUGGUCCUCAGCAGGCUCAUGUCUCCACCCUUUGAGCCGCUGGCCACCUGCUCGCUGCUGUACCUGUCCUAUAAGACGGUCUUUUUGGUAGCUAUCACAUCGGCUAGGCGGGUCUCUGAGCUCCGAGCGCUCACGGUGGACCCGCCCUAUACUGUCUUUCAUAAGGACAAGGUACAGCUGCGUCCGCAUCCUGCGUUUCUCCCGAAAGUGGUAUCGGCUUUCCACAACAACCAAGACAUCUUCCUGCUGGUUUUCUUUCCAAAACCGCAUGCAUCCUCACGCGAGCAGCAUCUUCACUCCCUCGAUGUUCGUCGGGCGCUGGCCUUCUAUAUAGAUCGGACUAGACCGUUCCGUAAAUCCCCUCAACUGUUCGUUGCAGUCACCAACCGGAUGCGAGGUCUUCCCGUUUCAUCGCAGCGGAUCUCCUCGUGGCUGACGGCGUGCAUACGCACCUGUUAUGGCUUAGCUCACGUUCCCUUGGGCCAUCUCACCGCCCACUCUACUAGAGCCCAGGCUUCAUCCGCCGCCUUUCUGGCGCACGUGCCAAUACAAGAAAUAUGCCGUGCGGCAACCUGAUCAUCGGUUCAUACCUUCACAUCUCACUAAGCACUGGUCCAGCAGUCUCGUGAUGAUGCAGCCUUUGGCUCCGCGGUCCUACAUUCCGCCACAUCUUUCUCCAACCCCACCGCCUAGCACACAUUCUUAAUUCGGGUCUAUGCAAACGGAUCAAGAAAGAACUGAAGACCAGCAUUCCGAAAUAGAUG